UGGUGCGUCUGUAAUGGCAUGUGUUUAUUAAGUUUAGAAUGGUGCGUCUGUAAUGGCAUGUGUUUAUUAAGUUUAGAAUGGUGCGUCUGUAAUGGCAUGUGCGUUUGUUCAGAGAAAGGAAAGAAAACAAUGUAUCUUUGCAAGGGCGUUAACCAUGUCUUUACCCGAUAUUUAAUUCUACCUCUCGUUUUAUUUAAAAUUAAUUAAAUGUUUUUGGUUUAAAUUUUUAGAAUAUGUUGACACUUGCACUUGACAGAACUUGUGAACUAAAUUUGAUCCCUAUUUGAUAAGUAUUUAUUCAAUGAUGUCUUAAUGCAUUUUUUCAUUGCAAUUGUUUAUCAUGGAAGAUAUUUUCUUUUUUUUUUUUAAUUGAUUCCCUCCAAUAUGGAGUGAAACAACCAAAGAGCUCCAUGUAAGCCACUGUCAUGUCAUGUGACAUGUCGACCACUGUCAUGUCAUGUGACAUGUAAGCCACUGUCAUGUCAUGUUACAUGUAAACCACUGUCAUUUCAUCUGAGAUGUAAACCACUGUCAUGUAAUGUGACAUGUAAACCACUGUCAUGUCAUGUGACAUGUAAGCCACUGUCAUGUCAUGUGACAUGUAAACCACUGUCAUGUGGUGUGAAUUAAUGGUGUCCAUCCACAGAUUUAAGAAUAAUUUAACAUCAUCGAAUGAUUUGGAUAAAGAUGUCCACAAUGUAAGCCUCCAAAAAUCUCUAUCUACCAAAUCUCUAUUCCCCAAAUCUUUAACUCCAAAAAUCUCUACCUCCCAAAUCUCUAUCUCCCUAAUCUCUAUCUCCCAAAUGUCUAUCUCCCAAAUCUCUAUCUCCCAAAUAUCUAUCUACCAAAUCUCUAUUUCCCAAAUCUUUAACUCCCAAAUCUCUACCUCCCAAAUCUCUACCUCCCAAAUCUCUACCUCCCAAAUCACUACCUCCCAAAUCUCUAUAUCCCAAAUCUCUAUUUCCCAAAUCUCUACCUCCCAAAUCUCUAUUCCCAAAUCUCUACCUCCCAAAUCUCUAUUUCCCAAAUCUCUACCUCCCAAAUCGCU